AUGGCUGACUUUAUCCUCCCUGGUGAUAGCCUAGAAGGACGACUCCUGUUCGCUGUACCCAAAAAGGGUAGAUUAAACCAGGCGGCCCUCAACCUUCUCGAAGGAGCCGACAUCCAGUUCAGACGAGAGAACCGACUAGACAUAGCCCUGGUUAAGAACCUUCCGAUUGCCCUCAUCUUCCUGCCAGCGGCCGAUAUACCCACCUUUGUCGGAGAGGGUCGGGUGGACUUGGGUAUUACAGGAUGGGAUCAGGUCCAAGAACACGAUGCUGGCGUUCGAGCCCUUCACCGCGCACGACGGUUUUCGGGAGAGAUCACGCCUGAAGAAGAGAGUGCCAAGUAUUCCAAGGGCUCUGGAUGCGAGACUGUCCUUGACCUAGGUUUUGGCGGCUGCAAGUUGCAGGUUCAGGUCCCAGAGAAGGGCACCUACAAGUCGCCAAAAGACUUGGUCGGCAAGAACAUCGGCACCAGCUUCGUGCACCUGGCCCAGAGAUACUUUGCAAACCUGGAGUUGGAGGUCGACUCAUUGAAGGAGGACAAUGCCAAUCAAGUCAAAUUCACCAGCAAGUUGAGGACCAAGAUCGUCGAGUUGAGCGGCAGUGUCGAAGCUGCUUGUGCCCUCGGCGUGGCAGAUGGAAUUGUCGAUCUCGUUGAAUCCGGGGAAACGAUGAAAGCUGCUGGACUGGUGGCUAUCGAUACUGUAGUCGAAUCGACAGCGAUUUUGAUCAAGUCAAGGCAGCCCAGCAACCCAGAGCUUGUUGAGCUGAUCGCAUCGCGCAUUCGUGGUGUCAUCACAGCUCAACGGUAUGUUCUUUGCCAAUAUAACGUUGAAAGGACCUCGCUACCGGAGGUCACCAAGAUCGCCCCUGGGAAGCGGGCACCGACCAUUACGACACUGGACGAGGACGGCUGGGUUGCUGUCAGCGUGAUGGUCGAAAAGAAGAAAAUCGCACCGAUCAUGGACCAGUUGACCAAGGUCGGCGCUACCGAUAUCCUGGUGUUGGACAUCGCAAAUACCCGCAGUUAA